AUGGCUGAAAAGCUUGAUUAUACAAACUUGAUGAAUGAGUUUGCAGGAAGAAAUGCAAGAAGAAUCAUAUUUCAGCAUAUUAAUCCACGAGCAGUUUACACACCGUGUGGUUGCCAUAGUUUGAAUCUUGCGCUUUCAGAUAUUGCUUGCUCGUCAGACAUAGCAGUAUUAUUUUUUGGUGUUGUUCAACGCAUCUACUGUUUGUUUUCCUCUUCAACAAAUAAUUGUGAUAUUUUUAAGGAGAUUGUGAAUGGUAUUACAGUUAAGCCAUUUUCACAAACUCGUUGGGAGAGUCGCAUCAACAGUAUCAAAGCAAUACGGUUUCAAGCUCCUAAGAUACGAGAAGCACUGUUUUACUUGGCAGAUAAUAGUGACAAUCCGAAAACAAGAAGUGAGGCUGAGUCUCUUGCCAUGAGUGAUACCCACGGAAUUGGAAACUUUGAGUUUGUGUUUGGAAUGAUUAUUUGGUAUGAGCUUUUGUUUGUUGUUAACAAAGUAAGCAAGAUCCUGCAGUCAGAAGAUAUGGAUAUUGAUAUUGCUAUUGCUCAAGUGAAAGGACUUGUUUCUUUUUUUAAGGAUUAUAGAGAAACAGGCUUUCAAAAAUCCAAGAGAGAAGCUGAAAGGAUUGCUACUGAAAUGGAAAUUGAUCCUAUGUUCUCUAAAAAAGCAAAACGUCCUACUAAAAGAAAACAGUUUUAUGGGGAAGAGCCAGAUAAAGUUGGAGAAGUUGUGGUGCUAACACCUGAAGAAGAUUUUAGGAUCAACUACUUCAUCAAAAUUGUGGAUCAAGGUUUGGUUUCUCUGGAGACAAGGUUUGAUCAACUUCAAGGUUAUGAAAAGACUUUUGGAUUCUUAUUCGACUUCAAAAAACUGAAGCUAGCUGAAGAUGACAAGCUGAUGGUUUCUUGUGCUAACCUUGAAGUUUUUCUGAAGCAUGGUAAUUAUUCUGAUAUUGAUGGUGAUGAUUUGUUUUUGGAGCUGAAGCUUUUGAGAGGGGGUUUGCCUGAAGGUAUUACGAAGGCUGCUGGAAUAUUGGAGUUUUUGAAAAGGAGGGAAAGUUGUUAUCCAAACACAUGGACAGCAUAUCGUAUAAUGAUGACAAUUCCUGUUUCCGUUGCCUCAGCAGAGAGAAGUUUUUCAAAUCUGAAACUCAUAAAAUCGUAUCUACGGUCGAGUAUGUCACAAGAGAGGCUUAAUGGAUUGUCAAUGUUAUCGAUUGAAAGGGAUAUGGCUGAAAAGCUUGAUUGUACAAACUUGAUGAAUGAGUUUGCAGGAAGAAAUGCAAGAAGAAUCAUAUUUCAGCAGUACUGUAUUGGUUUUCAUAUUUUUAAAUAUUUUUGUUUAACACUUUUUAUUUAGUUAUUUAAAAACAAUCAGUUGAAAUUUUUUUUUUGAACCAGCCUUUUUUUUUUACUCGCUUCUAGCCACCAAAAAGUCAGGACCG